UCAAGGGCAGCUUGGCAACAUGGCGACUGAGCGAGGUGGUGGGGAUGAGGCGGUAGUGUGCCAGAGCCGCGCCUCGCAGCCACGUUUUAGAGAGCGAAGGUAUUCUAUGGUGGUAGUGGUGGGUCAGUACAGCCAUCCGGGGCUCCCGGAGAGUGUGGUGGCCACGGUGGAGCGAGGAAUACGCUCAUGGGAUGUGGACCUCUCUCAGUGCAACCUAGAUGAACAGCUGAAGCUCUUUGUUUCACGUCACACUGCUACAUUCUCUGAAGAAGUCAAAGGACAAAGGACCCUGCAUCACAGUGGAGAGGCGCUUGAGACAAAAGUGCUUGUUGGCCCAUCUGCUCAGUGCGUUUGUGGGGAGGUAAGGAGCCUGAUUUCAGAUGCUUCUCGACAUAAGUUGCUUGUUUUGGCUGGACAGUGUUUGGAGGAAAGUGGAGACUUGGUGCUGCCUUCUGGUUCUUUUUCCCUUCAUGAUUUUAUUCAUAUAUUCGCAGACAAAGAGAUCGGUGACUUACUGAGCUCUACUGAUCCUGUCCACAAGGCCAGUCUGACUGUGGCCUGCCCAAACUACGGGGAUUGGAAGAGCUCAGCACUGGAUGGACACAAUCUGCAAGAUUUCAUUGAGAUUAGGUGCAACCCAUUGGCCAUCUUGCCAGAAAUGGAAGGCUUGCUGGAGUUCACAGAGUACCUAUCUGAGUCAUUAGAACCUCGUCCUCCUUUUGAGCUGCUUGAACCGCCUGGCACAGUAGGCUUCCUCAAGCUGUCCAAGCCUUGCUGCUACAUCUUUCCUGGUGGCAGGGGUGAUUGCGCCUUCUUUGUAGUUAAUGGCUUUAACGUGCUGGUGGAUGGUGGUUCAGAUGCUAAAUCUUGCUUUUGGAAGCUGGUGCGACACCUCGAUCGCAUAGAUUCACUGCUACUAACCCAUAUAGGAAUUGACAAUCUUCUAGGUAUCAAUAGCUUGCUACUGCGUAAAAUUGCUGAGCUAGAUGAGGAAGAGCAGUCAGCUGGCUCACAGAGCAAUGAAGACUGGGCAAGAAAUCUGAUCUCACCAGACCUGGGAGUUGUUUUCUUUAAUGCCCCUAAAAGACUCCGGGACUUGCAGGGUGAUCCUAAAGUACUGCGUGCUUGUGACCAAGCUGCCUUGACACUGCAGUGCCUGGACAGACUGAGCAUCAUUCCUGAAUCUCUUUCUAGACCUGGUGGCACCUCUAUUGAGCCACUUGUUCUGUUUCAAAAGAUGGGAGUUGGCUGCUUGGAAAUGUACAUUUUAAACCCUGUUAAAGGCAGUAAAGAGCUGGAAACCCUAAUGAAGCACUGGCCUGGGGAUAGCAGCCCCAAGAUGUCAGAUACUUCUCUGCAAUGCCUGACUUCGAUUUGCUCACUUCUGGUGUGGAGGCCAGCCAACCCACAGGAAAAAAUUAUUCGUGUACUGUUUCCAGGUUGUGCCCCUCAAGUGAAGAUCUUGGAAGGCUUGGACAAGCUGAAGCAUUUAGAAUUUUUGAAGUUUCCCACAGUUUGUCCCAGAGACCUAGAAUCCUCAAAUACAGAUAAGUUGUCGAAGAGGACAGAAAGUCAUGAGAGUCUGAAGGUCUCCAAAGGGCCUAGUGUGACAAAGUUGCCAAAUGAGAAGAAGAAGCCAGAGGUGAAAUUGGUCACAAAGGAAAAAUACAAGGUUGUAUCAAAUGACUUACCUAAAGAAGGGUUUUCCGGAAAGAGCAAGGAAGAAGAAAAGCAGAAAGCCGAUGUAAAGCCAAAGCUCAUGAAGGAGCGUCCUGUAACUAAGAAGGAACCUAAGGACGAAAAAGGGGCUGUUCGAAAAGAUGAAGAUGUAAAGCGAGAUCUUGUCAAGAAGGAGCAAGCUGCACCAAAACCCAAGAGAGAUGUCAAGGUAGAGCCAAAGAAGGAAAUUAAAAAGUCUGUUAAGCCACCAGUCAAAGAAGUUAAGAGGCCCUCCAGUGCUGCAUCUUCAAUGCCAACUGAAGCCAAGAAACCCACUGGAAAGGUAGGAGUGCCAAAGAAAGAGCCAGUGAGUUUGAAGAAAUCAGCACCAUUGAAAGACUUAAGUGAAGGAGAACCACACAAAGAGCGUGAGACAGAAAUUAGUCGGUCCAAAAUGUCUACUCCCGAGGACAUGACUGCUGAGUUUGAGAAGCUGAGGGAAGAAAAUGAAAGGGAACAAAAUUUAGAUGCUAAGACAACAACUGAGAAGAAACGGGGAAUUGAGGAUGUUGAGGAACACCUGAAAGCAAGUAGAGAACCGGAGAGUCCAGAGAAGUUCUGUUCUCAGAAUGCUACACCCAACCAUUGCAAAGUUGCAGGGCCCCCUUCUCCUCUAACUAGGACUCCAAAGAGCGACCGCAGUGUGAACUUUGACUUAACUCCUACUGAAUACAGGUUGCUAGAGGGAGGUUUACUCAGAAAUGGCCAGGAAGAUGCAUGUGCCAGCUCAGAUGAGAAAACCUUAGAGUUGGUGUCUCCUCCUGACUCCGGCCCUGCCAGUGCUGGUCAUACUCCCUUCCACCAGUCUCCUGUUGAUAGUAUUCAGCAGACUGUUGAUGGGAAGCCAGCUGGCACUAUUUCUGGGGGCUCAAAGUCUGGCUACCUGUCCCUUAGCCCCUUCAAAGAUGCAGUUCCAGACAUCUCUCCCACCAUUACCACUCCCUCUUUACCAGCUGAAGUGGGUUCUCCUCACUCUACUGAAGUGGAUGAGUCCCUCUCUGUGUCCUUUGAGCAAGUUUUGCCCCCUGUCAGCGAGUCUCCCCAAGACGAUAGAUCAUAUCCAAAUGGACACUUCAUGGACCCAGAAGCCAAACUGGGGAUGACUCUUCCAUUACGGGCACCCCUUAACCCUCGUGUUCCUGGAGAUGGUUCAGAAGGUCGUGUACCUCAUCAUCAUGGCGUCCUUCCUCUGUCUGACUUCCCACCUCAUGAUGUUGAUCUCUGUUUAGUGUCCCCUUGCGAAUUUAAGCACCCCAAGGCCAUAGAGCAACCACAGUUGUCCCCUUCUGCUGUUAAUGCCAGCCCACGAGAUAUCUCAGAUGAUAGUGACCUCUCUCAAGAGCUGGCCAAACCCUUGUGUCAGAGACGAACAACUGCUAAUCGCAAGGUUCCACAAGGUCACGAGACUCCUCCCACUUCAGCCAGUGAGUCUCUUCCCACUCAGUCAGAUUCAGAUAUUCCUCCUGGGACUGAAGACUGCCCCUCAAUUACUGCUGAUGGUGGCCUAGACUCCGAAGAAGACUCGGAAGGCCUUCCAUCCUUACAUCGGGGCCUUGUUCCUCAAGACCCACCUCCUAUCCCACUACUGGACCCUGUCCCUCGGCCCCCACAACCUGGCACUUGUAUGGCAGAUCCUGAGACUGAACCAUCUGGCAAGCGGGACACCACCAAAGCCAAAAAACCUGUUAAUGCAGGCAAGACAAACAGUGCCACAUCUAACACUAAAGCUAAGGGAGGAGCAUCAACUGUGCCGCCUAAGCCUAGUUCAAGUCAAGAUUCUCGACCUGCAUCACGGAGCACUCUAGGCAACUCGAAAAGCACCGUAACAAGGCUCCAAAGUGCAGGACCUUCUGCACAGAAGACAGUUUCAGCUAGCCCACCAGUCUACUUGGAACUUGCCUAUUUGCCAUCUGGUAGUGGCGCCUCAUCAGUGGACACUGAGUUCUUCUGCCGUCUGAGAUCAUCUUGCUAUGUGAUCAGCGGUGAUGAGCCCUUGAAGGAGGCUGUAAUGCGUCCCAUCCUAGAUGCACUCCUUGAAGGCAAAGCAGCAUGGGCUAACAACCUGCAGGUGACCUUGAUUCCAACGUUUGAUUCUCCUGUUAUGCAUGAAUGGUACGAGCAAACUCACGAGCGGCAGAGGGACCUCAACGUUACCGUCUUGGGCAGCAACAGUACGGUGGCCAUGCAGGAUGAGACCUUCCCUGCUUGCAAAGUGGAAUUUUGACUCUGAGACUGCAUGCAACACUGGCACAAAUGUAGGGGCACCUCAGCUACACUUCCUUAUGGAGCCCUAUCUAAUUCUUGUAUAUGCUUCUUUUUUUGUUUUUUUUUUUGGCAACAGAGACUAAAUGUGUAGCUUGUGCCCUACACUUGUGGUCUUUGGUAUCAAAUCAGUCAACUUCAGUCCUUCCUAAAUCAUGCACAGCCACACUGACACAUGCACACAAGCCACUCUUAUGGACCCCACUCCUCCUUGCACAUAUACUGUCUUGUGUCUAUCACAGAUUAUCUAUCUGCUAUUCAGUUCCUUGAAGCCAUAAGAGGGAUGGUCAUCUGUGACACUUACAGGAGGUUCUAGCAUGCAUUUAGGACUUUAGGGAGGGUCAUUUCUGUGGGAGUUUGAGAGUAGUAGCACAAGAUGAAUGUAGAGAACAUCGUUCAGUAUUUUGGCCUAAAUUGUUUGGGAUAGAGUGAUAGAGUACCUUCUUCCUUAGGCUGGGUAUGGUGCUCUCUUAGACUUUUUUCUUGGGGUGAGGAGGUGGAGGAUCGUUCCUCUCAAGUAGAGGUGUAUUUUUUUUCACAGUUCUGUAAAGGGGAUGCUCAUCACCACAGCUGUUAUUUUACUUCAGUGCCGUCCCCAUCAUGCAUCUUAAAAAAAACAUUUUAAUGAAGGAAUUUAGCAUUAACAAAGUAGGAGUAGGGUUUGCCAUAUCCCAUCUUCUACUAACAGAAGUUAAAUGCUGAAAAGGGGCACAGUGGGCACCCGUGAAAUCUAAAAGACCAUCAAUGGAAAGUAGAAGGUAGAAGGCUCCAUUUUAAUUAAGAUAGACAUGUUUGUGGUAUUUCAGCGGAGAGGCGAGGAUUAGAGGAUCAGUGAAAGUUGUGUUUUAGUAGGGGCUAACUGCUUUAUCAGGAUAAGCUGCCAGUUUCAUCUGGGCACUGUGCAUAUUUAUUUAUUUAUUUAUUUAUUAGAAGUGUUUUGGCAAUGCCCUGCCAUCCUUCUCCCAGCAUCGGUCAGAUUCAGUAUUGAACACUAAAGAUUGUUUUUUUUGGCUCUUUUAAUCUCUAAUUAAAAAGAAAAAAAAACUUUUUUAUUCUCUUUUGCACAUUUUUGUAUUUCAAACUUUUGAUGUUUGUUGUGUCAGAAAACACACACAUUAGAAUGGGAGUAGGAGGGCAUGGUUCAUUGUAUAUGAGCAUCCCCUUACACUUUUGUUAAGCUGUAGACACAGAUCAAUUUCAUUUUUAAUUAAUAAAAAAGGGGUGAGAGGGCUUAUCGGCAAAGCCUGGUAUGGUCUGUGGUACAGGCUGCUUUCUGUCUCCCUUAGGAUAGGGUGCUUUAACUAUUGCCUUUCCAAUUAUUGUUUGUGAAGCUACAUUGUACACGAACAUCAUUGGCUCAAUAAAUCUGUGGCACGAUGCUGUGCUGGCACUUUGUAUUAAUUUUGGAUAUGCUAAUGAGGUUGAAUGCAUGGCUAGAAGGUGUACACUCAUUUUUAUAGUAGAUUAUUUGUUAAAACAGUCAGUAACAAAAGUGUAGAGAAAGAGUUUCGUCCAAGUUGAAUGGAAUAAAGAGCAUCAAAAUUUCUAAUUUAAUACUGCUUGCAUCAUAUCCUGCCCCAGCCCACUUUGAAAAUAUCAGAGGCUCUGGUGCCACCUAAGGGUCACUAUUCCCAUUUACAAAAAAAAAAAAAUUGGCAGUUCUCCACAUUCUAAAACUUGCAAUUGAGUUUACACAUCCAUAUCUGGAACUGCACACGUGCACUACUGGCAAGGUUUGAGUGGAACAUUUGAGUGCAGAAACCGUUUUUUAAGAAAUGAUGAACGUCAAUUGAGUUUCUCACCACAUGAAACAGGUCAGCAGUUGGGGAUUGUGCUAGAUGGACUCGCAUCGUAUCCAAAGCAGACUCUACUGGGACCUGUUCUCAAAAACUCUUGAGAGUAAGAGUGUUGCUCAAAGAAAAAGACAUCAAGAAUCUUGGCAUUUGUCUUUGCUGUCCAGACCCUUCCUGUGUUCCUCUGAGGGGGGAUUCAGGUGUGGGGCUCUGACUUUGUGUUCUUGGAAGCUUGUUUGUUUUACAUCCAAAUAAGAUAAUUCAGCUUUCAUCCAUGCAAUUGUAAUCGUGUUUACAACAAAAUCAGAUGUAUAAAGUAGACUGGACGUGGACUGUUGCUAGUUAAACUGAUGGUAAUACACAGUCUUUUACUGGUAUGAAUGUAUUUCUGAAGCUGUGAAAGUCGAAAGAUAAACACAAAGUCAUACACUCUGAAUUCAGACAGUAUUGUUUUGCACUUUUAAGAAACAGUUAUAGCAGAAAGAACGCUAAAUGAUCAAAGAACAGUAGUAAAUAAAUUGGAAAAGUAAAACAAUA